UCAAAACCACAGGAUGAUUGCGAUUAUACCAGAGAUCAACUACCGAAUUACUACACUGCUAAUGGGGAUUUGGGUCAUAUUACAACCAACACCGGAAAUCCGAUCUACGCAAACAACGCGUCCCUAACAGUAGGUCGUACAGGACCAGUUGUAUUAGAAGACCGCCAUCUUCUGGAGACCCUCAGCCAUUUCUCACGUGAACGCAUCCCGGAACGUGUGGUCCAUGCAAAAGGUUCCUCAGCCGCAGGUGUUUUCCGUUGCACAGCGGAUAUAACCCACCUAACAACUGCAACAGUUUUCUCUCAAAUCGGAAAAACAACACCUAUCCGUGUCCGAUUCUCAACAGUUGCUGGAAAUUUAGGAUCUGCUGAUACAGUCCGUGACCCACGAGGUUUCGCUGUUAAAUUCUACACGGAGGAUGGUAUCUGGGACCUGGUUGGAAACAACACUCCUAUCUUCUUCAUUCGCGACCCUGUUUUAUUCCCACUGUUCAUACACUCACAGAAACGUAACCCUGUGACCAAUGUCCAGGAUAUGAAUGCUUUCUGGGACUUUAUCUCCCUACGCCCGGAGACAACCCAUCAAGUGUUGAUCCUUAUGUCUGAUAGAGGUAUCCCAGAUGGUCAUCGUCACAUGCAUGGAUAUGGAUCGCAUACAUUCGCGUUAAUGAACAGCAAUGAAGAGAAAACCUAUUGUAAAUUCCACUUCAAGACCCAGCAGGGUAUCAAGAACCUCCCAGUGAAAGAAGCAGAGAGACUAGCUGGGUCCUCACCGGAUUACGCCCAGAAAGAUUUAUACAACGCAAUCGAAGGAGAGAACUUCCCCAAAUGGAAGCUGUACAUUCAAACCAUGACAGAAGCACAAUCACAGUCUUGUUCCUUUGAUCCCUUUGACGUGACCAAAGUCUGGCCCCAAGGUGACUACCCUCUACAAUCCGUAGGUGAAUUUGUCCUUAACAAAAACCCAGAGAAUUACUUCAGUGAAGUGGAACAACUUUCAUUCUCUCCGGGUGCGUUCAUUCCUGGUAUAGGUCCAUCCCAAGACCGGAUGUUACUAGGAAGGAUCUUUUCCUACCCUGAUGCGCAUUUAUACCGCUUGGGAUCUAACUUCACCCAACUGCCUGUGAAUGCAGCGUAUCACGUGAAGAACUUCCAAAGAGAUGGAGUGGAUACAAUUGAUAAUCAAGGAGGUGCUCCUAAUUAUCACCCAAAUAGUUUCGGAGGGCCAAAGAAUAAACACUCAGCCAAGAAGACAUAUCCUACUAUAAGAGUAUCUGGAAAUUUGGGCAGGUAUGACCUUCGCGAUGCUGAUAAUUUCUCGCAAGCGCGUGUAUUUUAUCGGAGCACUAUCGAGGAACCCGAACGUCAACGCAUCGCUGAUAACAUCGUCGGCGGACUCAAAUUCGCAAUCAAGCCGAUUCAGGCGAGAACUAUCGAUAUGUUCUCACAAGUUGAUGAAGACCUCGGUAGGAAGAUAAGCAAAGGGUUACGAGGAGAAAAUCUAAGCGUCACUUUAUAAAAUACUAGCUGUUGUCCGCGACUUCGUUCCGGCAGUGUUUAAUAAAAAUGUAAUUCGUUUUUA